CGCACCCACCCUUCCCUUUCCUUCCCUCCUCCUCCCCUGUUUCGCCCAUUCCCCUCGGCCCUCCCUCCCAACGGGACGCUCCUCCUCCUCCUCCUUCCCCUCCCCUGCUGCCAGCCCCACACGCGGGCGACUUCGCGCGUGCGCCGGCUAACGCCGCCACCCCAACCACCCGACCGCCACCAUGCAUCGCAUGCUGAAAACCCCGGCCAUGGAUUACGUGGAGUUCAUGCGCCCGGUGGCCCGGCGGCGUGAGCCACAGGCCGCGGUCUUGGCCCUGCAUCCCAAGGGGUCGCUGCUGGCCGUGGGCACCGGGGCGGCCGGGGCCUCCGGCACCGCCGACGCCGGAGUCAUCGCCCUGUGGGACGUGGCGAAUAUGACAUGCGCCGCUCGCUGGAAGGCCCAUGGGUAUGCGUUGGAGCCGGCGGUGUCGCUACUUCACCCUGGGGCCGGUGGCGAUCCUCCGGCCGGCUCGCUGCCGGUGACCGUCCAGGAUGCCCCGGUGCCCCGGGCCCGGGCGGGCGCCACUCAGCCCGCGGCGGUGCUGGACCUCAGCGCAUGGGCCGCGCGCCCGGUGGCCGGCCCGUGCGACAUUUCUUGCCUUGCCUGGUCGGCACGCGGCCGGCGGCUGGUGUCCGGCUCGAAGGAUGGCCGGGUGCGUGUGUGGUCCCUGAUGGACCCGCCAUGUGCGGCCGGUGCGCAAGCCCGGCCUCGCACCGGCGUCAUCUGUGUUCCCACCUCCAAGUCGGCCGGUGUCGCCCGGCGCCGAGGCCAUCCCUCAGGCUGCGGCUCCGGGAGCGACGCGGCCCGGGGCCCCGGCCCAGCCCCCGCCGGAUGCCCCGACGACCAGGAGCCCGCCGACUCGGAUGAGAAAGCCGAGUCCGUCGAUGAGGAGGCGCUCCCCGGGCAGUCUGGCCGCUCGCUUCAGAGUAUGCUUGUGCCAUCCUGGCAGCCCAACGGCAUGGCGGUCCUCUCAAGUUGUGACCCCCUGUCGCAUGUUGUCCGCCUGGUGAUGGACAUCCAUGUUGGCGCCCCGGUGCUGGCUGUCGGCUUCCAGCCGGGCGAUGUCAACACGGUGGUCAUCUCAGCACAGGGCCGCGAGCCUAUCACGGUGGAUGUUCACACCGGCGCCUUCGCUCCGGUGUUCAAUCGCCCUGUGCCAGACCCCACACUCCCCACGGGCCAGCUCGGCCUCACGCCGCCCAUCUACCUGGCCAGUGGCCGCAGCUAUGGGGCGCUGGCGUUCGACCCGACCGGGUCGACCCUGCUGCUGGGCGACAGCCGGGGCCAGGUGCACAUGGUCGAGUUCAUGGGGCCGAUUGCACGGCGGGCCGCGCGACAAGCCGCCCAGUCCAAGCCCGACAGCCUGGCCCUGUCGUUGACCGGCACGGCGCGGUGCCUGUCCCUGGGCCUCGGCGCCACCGGCGCCGUGCGGGACUUGGUGGUGGCUCCGAGUGGAUCACGCUUGCUGGCAGUCACCCAGCGCGCGGUGCGGUUGCUGGAUCUGAAUGCCGGGGCCCUGCUGGCACCCGAGCCAGGCGCAUCCCGCCGCGCGGAGCCGUUGCAAUUGCAGCACGCCUUCCAGGACCCGGUGGAUCACUCGAAAUGGCUGACAGCCGCGUUCAGCCACGAUCUGGAGCAUGUGGUCGGCGCGGUGGCCGACCCGACCCACCAGCAUCGUCUCUUUGUGUGGGAUCGCAUGGAGCAGUUCCUCCGGCGGCAAAUCCAUGGCCCGAAGGAUGGGCUGCAUGGCUGUGUGUGGCACCCCUCGGAGCCGGUGAUGAUAUCUCUGACGUCAGCGGCCACGCACAUCGGGGCGUCGAGUAUCCCGCGUGCCCGGCGUGUCAUCCCCCGACAACUCAUCUUCUGGGCCGCCCCGGCCGCCUCGCAAUUCGCCGUGUUCAUGCCUCUCUUCCGGGAAUUCCCGGGCAAUGUCCACUACAUCGAGAGGGAGGACGAGUUCGACCUGCCGCCGGCCGGGACCAUGUACUUCGCCGGGACCGGGGCCAAUGCCACCGGACCCUUCAUAGAUAUUGACAUCACGUCGGCCGCCGCGGCGGCCGUGGGCUUGGUGGAAAAGCUCCCCGCCGCCGGUGAUGUCCUGUCGGCUCCGGCCACCAUGGCCGGCGAGGCCCCCCUGCUGGCCACCUUGGAGGCUGCCUGCGCCGCGGAGUCCGCCGCUGCCGAGUCUGCAUCCGAAGUUGAGCUUGAUGUUGAGACGGUGGACAAUGUUCCGGAUUUCGACCUGGCAUCCAUCGCCACGGCCGUCGGCGAAGACCCCUGCGAUGCGCCGCUGGACAACAUCCCGGCCAGCUUCGCGGCCCUCUGCGCGUCGGAUCUGACCGCCAGCCGGGUGGUCCUCCAUGCGGCCGGGGGGCCGGGGCUGCGUGCACGUCUGGGCACCGGCUUCCUGCCGGCGGCCCUGGCAUACCUGGCCCUGCCAGCGGGGGAUUACGGCGUCGAGGUGGACAUGUACAAUGACGAGCAGUUCAUCGAUACGGAUGACGCGGCGGUCUUCGCCGCCACCGACCCGCUCCCAUCCAGCCGGCCUCAUGCCUUCGUGCUGGAGCGCUUCCUCGGGGCCCUGGACCCCAAUGACCAAGUCCUUGUCCGACUGCCCUGCUUUGCCGGGGUGCGCUGCCUGCAGCUGGAGUGGCUUGAUGGCCCGGAAAGCGGGCCGGCCGGCGGCCCGGCCGGUGGCCCGGCCGAUGGGAAGCGCACAGCCGCCGCCGCCGCCGCCGCCGCCUCCAAGCGUCGAAAGAAGCGCUGA